AUGCUGCGACAACUAAGCCGUGUGCGGCACGUGACCGUCUCUUCUCACGUGAUCACUCCCUCCCAUGUGACCACCUCCCACGUGACCACUCCCUCCCUCGUGGCUGCGCGCCACUACUCGCUGGAGGUUUUUUGCAAGAGCUCCAAGCGACUUCAACGCAACCGGGCGUCGGCAAAUGCGUCUGUGUCGCGACAAACGGACUAUUUGCGUCAGGAGAUCAGCGACCGGAUGAUUGAGCGACUGGCGUUCAUUUCGCGGCAGUUUCCGGAGGUGCUGGAUCUCGGAUCGGGCCCGGGAUUGCUGGAGCAAAAGCUGUUGAAGGGCGAGACCGAAGACGAUCGGCUGGUCAGAAGUCGAUUUGGACACGUCACCAUGCUGGAUUCUAGCGAGCAGUCAUUGCUGCGAGACUAUAAUGUGCUUGAGGCGAUUUCCGAACAGAACCCCAACCCGGAGGUUGCGUCCGAUGCGGUGGUCAAGCUGGACGUUGCUUCUGGAGAACUCAACCCCAAUGCCUUUGUGACUCUGGCGCACGGAAACGAAGAAGACAUCUCUAUUAACAACUCGCUGAUCAUGGACAACACCUACGACGCCGUCAUUUCGACCAUGUCCAUGCACUGGAUCAAUGAUUUGCCCGGUCUGCUCAACCGAAUCAACAACGUGUUGAAGCCUGACGGGAUGUUCAUGGGAGCAAUGCUGGGUGGCGACACGCUGUUUGAGUUGCGAACCUCGCUUCAAUUGGCUGAAAUGGAACGAAGAGGCGGAGUUUCUCCCCGGGUGUCGCCUCUGGCUGACGUCAAAGAUAUGGGCGGUCUACUCCAGAAGGCCAAGUUCAAUCUUCUCACUGUCGAUGUAGACGACGUGAUUGUGUCUUAUCCGGACAUUUGGGCGCUCAUGGACGAUCUCAAGGCCAUGGGAGAGGGCAACGCCGUGCUGACACGUGCCUCUUCUCUACCCCGAGACGUUCUGAUUGCAGCCGACGCCAUCUACAAGUCGCUUCAUGGAGAGGAAGACGGGAGCAUUCCCGCCACUUUUAGAUUUGUCUACAUGAUUGGAUGGAAGGAUAGUCCCACACAGCCCAAGCCCAAGGAGCGGGGCAGUGCCACCGUCAGUUUGAAGGACGUGUUGAAGGAGUAG